CCCCCCCCCCCCCACCCGGCCCCGGACAGCCAGCUAGCUACCCGUUUUGAUCUGCUCCGCCGGUGUGGGUUGAGGAGGAGAUGGGGGGAGUUUUACGGGGGGCGAUGCUGCUGGUUCUUGCGGCGGCGGUUCUCCUUGCUGCCGGGGCGGCGGUGGAGGGGAAGGUGGUGGGGAAGGCCAAGGGGAAGUACAGGGCGCUCUUCAACUUCGGGGACUCGCUGGCCGACUCCGGGAACCUGCUCGCCAACGGCGUCGACUUCCGCCUCGCCACCGCGCAGCUCCCCUACGGCCAGACCUUCCCGGGCCACCCCACCGGGAGGUGCUCCGACGGCCGCCUCGUCGUCGACCACCUCGCGGAAGAAUUCGGCCUGCCGCUGCUGCCGCCGUCCAAGCUCAAGAACUCCAGCUUCGCCCACGGCGCCAACUUCGCCAUCACCGGCGCCACCGCGCUCGACACGCCCUACUUCGAGGCCAAGGGGCUCGGCGCCGUCGUCUGGAACUCCGGCGCGCUCCUCACCCAAAUCCAGUGGUUCCGUGAUCUCAAGCCCUUCUUCUGCAACUCCACCAAGGCUGAAUGCGACGAAUUCUAUGCGAAUUCGCUGUUUGUCGUAGGUGAGUUUGGUGGCAACGAUUACAAUGCGCCCCUCUUUGCUGGGAAGGGCCUUGAGGAGGCCUACAAGUUCAUGCCGGAUGUCAUCCAGGCUAUCUCUGAUGGCAUUGAGCAAUUGAUUGCUGAGGGGGCAAGGGAGCUGAUUGUACCAGGUGUGAUGCCCACUGGGUGCUUUCCUGUGUACUUGAACAUGCUCGAUGAGCCGGCCGAUGGGUAUGGCUCCAAAAGCGGUUGUGUUCGUCGGUAUAAUACAUUCUCAUGGGUGCACAAUGUACAUCUCAAGCGGGCGCUUGAGAAGCUCCGUCCCAAGUACCCCAAUGUGAGGAUCAUAUAUGGCGAUUACUACACGCCUGUUAUCCAGUUCAUGCUCCAGCCUGAGAAGUUUGGAUUUUACAAGCAGCUCCCUAGGGCGUGCUGUGGGGCUCCUGGGUCUGUUGCGAAAGCUGCUUACAACUUCAAUGUCACAGCCAAAUGUGGUGAGCCUGGUGCAACUGCCUGUGAUGAUCCAACAACCCACUGGAGCUGGGAUGGCAUUCACUUGACAGAGGCGGCUUACGGUCACAUUGCCAGAGGUUGGGUGUAUGGCCCUUUCGCCGACCAACCGAUCUUCCAAUCUUCAUGAGAAAGCCAUUUCUUCUGUUGUAACUGUAGAGUGUAUCACGAUAGUGCACUGAAAAUGGAGCAGGGAAAGUAGUUCUUCCAUAUGGUUCCAAGGUUGCAUACAUGUAUAUUUUCAUUUGAUUACAUUCAUUGCAGUCGGGUACAAAGGUGGGAAUAGGGCUGUCAAAAAGCUUGAUUUUGUUUAUUUGUCAGGCGGUAUAACUAUAAAAUGUAACAGACACAUUAUUGUGUAAAUUGCCUCCGGGAAAUAUGAUACAAAUUGUCUUUUUGAGUA